AUGACUGGCACUGGGCGCGUUGAAGUCGUCAGCAACGACGAUGAUGCACGCAGGCCGCUGCUGGACAACGACAACGACAACGACGACGACAUAGAUCUGGACAUGGCUGCGACCAACACGCGGCAUGGCCAUGAGAAGUGGCGGCGUGUAUGCGGUCUGCUGCUGCUCUUCACCACCGUCAUCUUGUGGACGGCCUCUAACUUUAUGGCGUCCACGCUGUUUGCCGACAAUACCUACUCGAAGCCCUAUCUCGUCACUUACGUUAACACCGCCUGCUUCAUCAUACCGCUCCUGCCCAUCGUCGUGCGACGCCUGUACCUGACUGGCUCCCUCAAGACGCCAGUAUACGCUGCCCUACCACAAGACCACCAUGAAGAGACGGAUACACACGAGCACCCGAGUGAUGCUGCAUCACAAAAGCAUAUACCCAUCAACGACCACCAAAGCAUAGUCCCCUUGUCCCUGGGAGACACGGCUCGUCUGAGUCUGGAGUUCUGCAUCCUCUGGUUCCUGGCCAACUACUUUGUCGCUGCCUGUCUGGAACACACUACCGUCGCGUCGUCUACCAUCCUUACAUCGACAAGCAGUAUCUUCACCUUGCUCUUGGGCUGUGCCGUCGGCGUCGAGAUCUUCACUUUGCGCAAGCUCCUCGGAGUACUGGCUUCCUUGCUUGGUGUCGUCCUCAUCUCGUCUGUGGAUCUCUUUGGCGACAACGAUGACGGUCGGGGUUUGUUUCCGCACAAAUCUGCACACCAGGUCGCUCUCGGGGACGCCAUGGCUUUGCUCUCGGCCGUGCUGUACGGUGUCUAUGCCGUACUCAUGAAGAAGCGCAUCGGAGACGAGCGUCGGAUCAGCAUGCCUGUCUUCUUUGGCCUUGUGGGUCUCUUCAAUGUCCUGCUACUCUGGCCUGGCUUCUUGAUUCUGCACUUUACUGCUGUCGAGCCGUUUGAGCUACCCCCAACCUCGAGGGUCACGACGAUUAUUCUUGUCAACUCCCUCAGUUCUCUGCUCUCCGAUAUUGCGUGGGCGUAUGCAGUUCUACUCACUUCACCCAUCGUAGUCACCGUUGGCCUCUCAACCACCAUCCCUCUAUCUCUAAUCGGUCAGCUGCUGAUCAACAACCAAACAUCACCUGCCAUCUACUGGCUAGGUGCUUGCGUCGUCGUCUUGUCUUUUGUCUUUGUCAAUCAUGAAGAAGCACAAGAUGAAGCUGCUCAAGACCAAAGAAUAUUGGAGCAAGCUACUGUGAGUAGGGAGGUGUUGCAUGAAGAGGCGUGA